CGGAUUUGAUGCCGCGACGAGCGACAUGGUGAAGUUCUGCGAGGAAUUUCGCGACGGUGGGGGUGGGUCCGGAGCAGACGAGGAUUGUCGGAUUCCUGUUUUAUGGAGUUGGAAUCAACGCAGACCUAGGUUUGAUAUGGAUCCUGAAGCUUCUGUCAAUUGCCGCAGUUGAUGGGAUUGGCGAGUCGGAUUCUUCGACCAGGUGUUGGAAUUUUGCGAAGUGGCAAGGAUUUCAGAGCUUACGCGGCUACGAUGUGCUGAGUAUCUUUUGUGGGUGGCCUAGCCACGAGUUCUGGACGUAGGCUUUCCUAUAGUUGAAUUUUGUGGAUGCGAGACUUGUGUCGAGUUAUGCGUCCUCUCAGUGCAAUUCGUUACGAGUUCGUUUUGUCAAUUUGAACGCGUUUCUCGAAUGCUGUACUGUUGUGCAGAUUGAUACCGUGUGCACAUCGUGAAUUUAAACUGAUCGGGAUGACUUUGGCGUACAUCAGUGUGCCAGAUGCUUAUGGAGUGGUAGAAUCAGGAGUGUUCAGGUCCAAGGUCCUUGAUGUGCACAAUCUACCAUUUCUACUGCACCUUCAGCUAAAAACCAUCCUAUACCUUUCUAACCAAUCUCCCCCUAAAGCAGUUACCGACUUCCUCGACACUAACAAGAUUAAAUUGAUCCAUCUGGGUGUCGGUGUGUGGAAGUCGGAGACCUCAUGGAAACCCAUCAGUGAGGAUCUUAUAAAGGAUGCACUUGAGAUAGUGCUUGAUGUCACCAAUCAUCCAAUCCUCGUAAUGUGCUCGGGGGAUAUACAUACAACAGGCACAGUUGUAGGCUGUCUACGCCGUUUGCAGCAAUGGAGCUUAACUCCCAUCUUAGAGGAGUACAGGCGCUAUGCCAAGAGCAAGGCUCAAUACGCUAACGAGCAGUUUAUGGAGCUCUUUGAUGAGGAUCUUGUGACGCUGCCAGAGCAUUUACCGGAAUGGUUCAUCGACCAGCGUCGGAUGAUGGUAUUUGACGAUUUGGGGAGAUCGGUUAAGCUGGAGGAAGAAGAAGCUGAGUUUGCAGAGCAAAUGCGCCGAGAACAAGCCUCUGAACUUGGUGCACAAUUGCAAGGAGUCAUGUUUACUCAAGGAGAAACGACCAAUGAGGCACAGGCAAUUGCAGAAACUGAAAAACCCAAAGUUGUCUUGACAACAAGUGCCGACACACCUGGUUACAGGAAGUAUUACUACUCAUCAAGUAGCCCUCUGACAACAGAACCUCGGGCAUACAAACGAAAAAUCAUUGGCAAGGUUUGAUUAAACUCAGACAUGGUUUCUUCUUAAUUUGGUGCUCUCCUAUUCCUAGUAUAGAUUGUGAUUCUUGGAUUAUGUGUAUAUGAGUGCAGUUGCUAUAUGAGCAAAGUUUUGGAACAGUUUGAUUUCAAAGCUUCGACAAGUAGAACAGCAGCAUGCUGCCUUUAUAACCAUAGUUGACAAUGUUCUAUGAUACCAUGGAGCCCAAGUCUGUCUUGUAUAGGUGAAUAUGGUUUAACUUUAAUUUAGAUGCUGGCUGUUAUCAACGUAUUUAUCUUGCUCACGAGAUUGUUAGUGAUACUUUAAUCCAUUUUUAUUGAGGGCAACUCUCUCAACUUCCGCAAGUCA